AUGGCGUUCAGCAUGGGGAAUUUAAACCCUGCGGGGAAUAUUCCAACCGAAUUGGGGCCUGAGCUUCCGGAUCUCUUCGCGGAGGAGGUUGGUUUCAAAGGCGUUUCCGGCGAUAGCAACGUCCAAUUACUCCCUACACCCUGGCCCGCCGACGCGCUUCCUGCUCCCACGUCGACCUUGCUCGCCGUCGCGGCUACGAAAGGUAUAGUUGUUGGCGCGGGUCCGAGUACUCUUUCUGUCGCAUCUACCCAAUCCGUCAGGGAAGCGAUUGCCGCGGACACCGGGAAGGACAAGGUGAAGACAAAACCGUUCCAGCCGCAAGCUACUAUUCCCCUUCCGGGACGGCCGACACAUAUAGCAUUCGCCUCUAGCGACACAGCAUUAGUGCUUGCUACGGAGAAUGGAUCUCAACUAUCAGUCUUCGAGACGGGAACUCUACUACAACCGAAUGCGCAGCCGGCCAUAUCCAUCCCCACGGACGGUGCCACUUUUCGAUUCAUUGCGCCAAAUCCUGCGCAAGCAGAGGACUCCCAUGCUUCGCUAGUCGCUCUUGUUACCACUGCGGGCGAACUUCUGAUUGCCGACCUCAAGGCGGGGAACCUUCUAUCGGGACCGAAUGGGAACAUUCUGAAGUCUGGAGUUAGUUCAGUAUGCUGGAGUAACAAGGGAAAACAGCUUGUGGCUGGUCUAGCGGAUGGCACCGGAUAUCAGAUGAGCCCAGAUGGUACACAGAAGGACCUUAUUCCCCGGCCACCUGAUCUUACCGACCCCUGUCACGGUGCGUUUGAUCCUACACAAUCUCGGUUUCCACAACUAACCUAG